AGCACAAAACAUACUCAACAAGUCAUUCAGUCGCACACCCAGUCAAUAUCCUGUCACUGUUCAUAUAUCAUAUUUAGUUUGUUAAAAUAAAAUAUUGCUCAUAAUUCACUUUUGUAUUUCAUUAAUUCCUAAUCCAUUCAAAACUCGAUAGGAUCAGUUUGAACAACAAGAUUUGCAAGAGUUAAGGGCCGUCGGCGCAUUGUAAAUUUUAAUCCAGGCCAAUAAGACUAAGAAAAAAUAGGGGAGCCCCUAUUUUACGGUUUAUGAUUGGCAAAUUCACGACCACUCGUUGUUGUAGUUAAAUAUAUCGAUCAAAUGCACCAAUAAUAUUUAUCUAUGUUGCUAUUCAUUGAGUUUGAUAGUAUACUGAAAAAUGGCUGGAUAUGUUGAACACUUGUCUGAUGUGAUGGGAACUUUGUCUAUCAACGAUGACCACUGGAAUGAACUUGGAUUGGAUGAAAAUAUUCGGACACAGUUAAAGGAAAUAGAAAAUAAUUAUGAAAGCAUUUUUUCGUGGGACAUCCAACAAUUAACAGGAGGCAAACACCUUAAGUUUAACCUCAUUGAUAAGGUUCGAGAACAGUUAGAAAUGAUCAUAGACAAAGACAAUGAAUACAUUUUAAAUAGACUUUAUUUACAACUAAUAGUUAGUUAUGAACUUUACAUUUGUAAAAGUUACAAGGAAUCAUACUUGGAAAUUGAAAACAUUGUUAAAUUUAUGAAAACCUGUGAAUUUGAUGAGUCAAAUAAACAGUACUCAGAUGCUUACAAUCAUAUUGCUCAAGCCACCUAUGAAUAUAUUGCAUUAACAUUGAAAAUUGAUUCAAAAAAGUUAUUAAAGAAUGUUAAAGAAAUCAAUAGUUUUAAUCAAGUGGAGAAAGCUGCAGUUUGUGCGGUUAAAGCUAGAAUUUUUUUGGAAUAUCCGCCUAAAGGAAAUGAUAUAGCUUUAAAAUUUGCUGAUCAAGCUCGAACUCUUGAUUCUACUGAACCUAAAUGGAUAGUUAUUUGGCUAAAAGCUAAAGGACGAGUAAGACGUUAUUACGAACAAUUAGCUAUGCCAGAGAAUGAUGAAAUAGAUUGUGCAAAAAUAUUAAGCUCUGCUAAAACUAAUGCUCGACAUUUAAUUAAAGCUUCUAAAGUUUAUUUUGAAGUAGCAUAUGUUAAUAAAUUAAAAAAUAACCGAGAAGAAUCAAACAAAUAUUAUAAGCUUUCUUAUGACAUUACUAAAAAAUCAGUUGAAUUAUUAGCCAAAGAUGAUACAAAACAGCUUUAUCAUUGUCUAAUGAUGUGUAUUGAUUAUCCUAAAGAGUUAUUAUCAAAAUCUAUGAUAAACAAUUUAAUUGAAAAACUGACAAAUGUUAAAAAUAGCUAUUGUGUGGAUCAAGUUUUAGGAAAAUAUUAUUUAAAAAUUGAAAAGGAUUAUGAAAAAGCAAAAAUGUAUUUAUCUCGUGGAAUAACUAAUGGUAAUUUUAGUAGUUCAUGGCAGUUAGUAAAAUUAGAAUGUCUAUUAAAAUCUGUCGAUACAUUUCCUUUUGUUCAAAAAUUAAACAUGAUGUAUGAUGUUUUUCCAAGUCCAAAAAAAAGGCUUAUUAUUUUAUCACAAAUAUUGAUGUAUUACAAUUACUGUGAAUAUAAUCCUAAAGAAAUGAUACGAUACUUAAAAAUGUAUAUUGACACAGACAUUGAAGAUACAUUUAAAAAACGUCAUUUAAUUUUUGCUUUUCCAUUGUUUAAGAUAAAUGGAUUCAGACCCAAUCAAUUUCUGAAUGUCCUUUCUAUAAAAUUAAAUGAAUUAGUUAACAAUAAUAAGUGGAGUUUAGAAGAAAAAAAGAUAAUAGAUGAUACAUUUGAUCGGUUCAAUAAGAUAUCAAAAUUGAAUAUUUAUGAUAGUCGUUUUAAUGAUGAUAAUAAAACUGCUUUCCACAAUAAAAAUAAUGCCAAAAUGUACCCUAAUAAUAAACCAUAUAAUAAUAAUAAUAGAGAAAAAAAUGAAUCUUGGCGAAAACAGAAGGUUGAUUCGUCGUCACAAAAUGAGUCUAAUAAUAUUCAUCAACGCCAAUUUGCUUCAAAAUAUGUUAAUCAAAAGAUUUCUUUAGAAAAACAUGGUGCUCGAGUUGUAGAACCAAUAACAAAUCAACACAAAGAAAUGUAUAAUAGUUUUGAAUUACCUGUAAAAAUCCCUAAUGAGUCAAUGAAGAGUUUAAAUAAUUCAGAUAGUAUUGAGAUAAAGCAAAAAAAGUUUGAAAACAAAUUUAGUUCCUUGGGCAAUUUACAUGUUGUGUCAUUAGAACAAAACUCUAUCAAAAGACCAUUUAGUAGUAGGAUAUAUGAUAAAAGUGGUAACAGAUAUGGUGAUUCUAAACCAAAUUGGCGAAAUCAGCAAAAUGUUUCUCAGAACCAAAACAGCUUUGAAAUAUUUCACAACCAUGGAAUUAAUUCUAAACGCUCUCAAGGAUAUGAAAAUGAAUCCCUGAAAAAUCAAGAAGCUAGAAAGCCAACACAUGCAUCUGGAAAUCAUUCAUUAUCUGGCGGGUCACGCAAAGAUAUUAAUGAUUUAGUUUGAGUUAAAUGUAUGAUUCAAAACUAUAAUUUACAUCAACGUUGAUUUUUAUUAAUUAACUAUUUAUUAUUUUUACUGUAUUUAAAAAAAUGUUCAACUAUCUAAUUUUUAUUCCAAAUGUAUUUACUUAUUUAUUAUUUCUUGGAAAUCAAUAUUGUUCAGACUCUAAAUAUAUUUUUCAACAUUCAUAAACAAUUCAUUCUGUAAUAAGCUUUAACCUAAUUAUAUAAAGUAUUUCUUAGAUUAUUUUUCUUUAAAGAAAAUAUGUUUGCAUUCAACCUAAAAUGUCCUAAAUAAUGAUAGAUAAUAUAAGCAUUAAUAUAUAAACAUAAAUCGUUUAGCAUUUAUUAA